CCCUUCUCCCACUUCGCGUUCACAGGGAGCUUCUCACGUCUUCUGCGUCCGGCUUCAGCAGGUUGAAAAAUGGCUGUCCCAUUGCUUGACAAAAAGAUCGUGAAGAAGCGUGUCAAGAAGUUCAAGAGGCCACAAAGUGACCGAUACAUUUCUGUCAAGGAAAACUGGAGGAGGCCCAAGGGUAUUGAUUCUCGUGUGCGUAGAAAGUUCAAGGGAUGCACUCUCAUGCCAAACAUUGGUUAUGGUUCUGACAAGAAGACCCGCCAUUAUCUUCCUAAUGGUUUUAAAAAGUUUGUUGUGCAUAAUGCCAAUGAGUUGGAACUUUUGAUGAUGCACAACAGGACUUAUUGUGCAGAGAUUGCACACAAUGUGUCCACCAAGAAAAGGAAGGAAAUAGUCGAACGUGCAGCACAGCUUGAUGUUGUUGUCACCAACAAGUUGGCUAGGCUUCGUAGCCAGGAAGAUGAGUGAUCAACUUUUAUGUAGUGUUUUCAGAGAUGUGUUUUCUCAACCAAGUAUUAUUGUUAUGUUUUUUGUGCUUUACAGGCACCUUGACCGAAUGUCAAAUUUUUG